AUGAACUUUGAAGAAGGCAAUUAAAGCGCUAUGAAUGCUUAGCAGUAAUAGUAGCACUUCGGUUCGUAUCGAAGAGCUAACGUUAAUAGCAGCAAUACUAAUCCAAAUCAAAUUUACCAGCAAACUCUUUCCCCUCCAUCUACUAAUCAUGCAGCUGAUAGUAUAGAUGAGACAGAAUUAGAAGCAAUAGAGUUGAUUUAAGGCCAAGUUCUCUAGAUUAAAACCUUGAAAGAUUAGAUAGUUUAGAAAGAGGAGACUAUUGACAACCUUCGGAUUCAGAACAAACAAAUAGAUGCUUAUAAACAGCAAAUCUAGAACUUAAAGCAGCAGAUUGCUUUGUUCGAAGAGAGAUUCAAGUACUACGAGGAGGAUAGAAUGCACUAUGAAAAGCGUUUACAAUCUCAGACAUUUGAAGGAGAUCAGAAAACACAUGCUCUGAUGAACGAGAUAGAUGAUAUGAAUCAUUACCUUGCUGAGUACAGGAAACAGAAAGAAGACGAUGGGUUGUAGAUACAACAGCUGAUGCAAUAAGUUGAUUAGAAGGAGAGACUAUAUGUUUGUAUCAAGGAACAAGUAGAGUCAUUAGGUAAACAAUUGGAAACUUUGCAGAUAAGCAUGCAUGAAAGAGAGGAAGCCAGCGUCAGUAAGAUAAGUGGACUCAAGAAAGAAGUAAAGCUUAAUCAAAAAGAGAAGAAACUUCUAGAGCAGAGAAUUAAGGAGUUAAGUGACUUGAUUUAAUCUAAACAGCAAGACUCUCUGAAUCAAUCCAAGAUAGUCACUGACAAAGACCAGAUGAUCAAGAAGCUGAGAGAUGAUAUUCAUAAGAUAAAGCGAGAUAAGGAGGAUAUCAAUCAAAAGAGACUUCAACUUGAAUAAAGAAUGCCAUAGCUAGAGUAAAACCUUUUAGAUCUGAAUAGGAUAGUUGAGAGAUGUCAAAAAGAUAUUGAUAAGGAGGCUAUUAAGAAAGAAAACUUGCUCUAGGAAAAUCAAGAGUUAAGAUAGAGUCUAGUGCAUUUCUAAGAAAUAUAUCAGGAUCUAGAGAUAACUGAUCCUCUGCAGUUCAAGAAUGAAAUCGAUAAGACCAGAGAUGAAAUACACGGUCUUAGAAGUGAAAUGAUGGAGAAGCAAAAGUUCCUCAAGGCAAAAGAAGAUCAAAUUAUGCACAGAGAUCAGGAAAUCAAAGAGCAAAGAUAAGAUCUUCAGAGAGAAAUUAAGAGUGUUGCUUAGUGGGUAGCAAAAAAUAUCAAUGCUAAAGCAAUUUCCGAGUAAGAAGACUUAGAAAUUACAGGUGAAAAUGAAGAUGAACUUAACAACCAGAAUGACUUAAAUAUAUCAUACAUUGAUCCAAUUAUCUUGAAAGAAUUCUAAAAACUUAGAAAUUUACUAAUAAACUAGAAGACAUAAGUAUAGUAAAAGUUCUUCAAGCAACAGUAAAGACAAGAAAACCUUUAAAAUGAGCUUAAAGACGCCCAAAAGAUAAAAUAAGAAAUAUUAGAGGAUUUUAAAAGGCUUAAAUCCUCAAUCAAAUAAUCAGAAGUACUCACCUCUUAAAACGAUGAGUUCAAGUCAGAGCUCCACAAGAUCCUAGAUUAAAACAACAAUCUGAAGGAGCAGAUUCAAUCUCUGGAAAGCGAAACUUAAAAGUUCUCCAUUGAAAUGUACAACAUUCUAUACAAUAUUAGACACAAGUUUGAAAACAAUCAAAGAAUAAAUACAUAGCUUGACAUGAGCUUGAGGUACAAUUUCACUAGUGAGAGAUUUGCAAGCAUUGCAGAAAUAGCUACAAUGAUAGGCGAUAUCACAAAUAUUCUCAACUUUGAACUUAAAAAUCUAGAGAUCAAGGAUCAAUAGUAUCAGGAGCUGCUAAAUAGCUAUGAGGAACUUAAGAUGAAGAGCAUUCAAGAUUUGAAGCAUAAUGAAGAACUCAGACAUCAAGAGUUGUAGGAACUACAGGUCAAUUUCGAGAAAAAGUAUCAGAGGUUUAAGGAAUAUCAAAUGGACAUUGAAAAAAUCAACUUAGAAUUGCAAUAAUAGAUAGAGGUGCUGAGAAAUGAAAAUAUAGAGAAAUAAAGAAGUGAAUUGUAGGUUAAUUCUGAGAAUCAAAAUAUGGCUCUUAGACUAUCUGAGCUGUAGGAGCUAGAGACAAGGUAUGUCCCUUCAUUGCUGAUUAAAAUUGAGGAGCUAAUAUUCCAAAAGACUGCAGUGAUGAAAGAACUGAAGUUUAUCUAGAAUCAAUUCUCAAAUACAUAGAAAGCUUAAAAGUACAUGUAUAAGAAAACUGAAAAAUAAAUAGUAGGAGACGAGCUUCUAAAUGAGCAUAUGCAGAAAACUGGAAACUUUGGUAGCUCUGGAAACAUAAAGUAAAACAAUAGAUAUAAAGAUGAAUCUAGCAGUUUAAGCAAUAUAUACUCUCCAGAUACAAGAAAGAAAAUCAGAAAAAUCUAAAAAGAACUUGCCUUCCCUAGUGUUUGUCUCAAAUUCAGGAAAUAUGUAAUUGUAGUGAUUUGUGCAUUGAGACUAUAGAAGCUAUCAAAUCUUGAUACUGAAUCUAAAUUGAGAUCUAGCAUCCAAACAACUCCUGCUGAUUUGAUCCAAUUAAUGAUAAACUAUAACUUGCCCGUAUCUGACAACUUAUCCUCUAUCCUUUAAGAUUUAAAGACCCCUUCAACUAAAUCUAAGCCAAUACUUUCUGUGCUAUCUUAUGGUAUCAGAAAUUUGAGAAAUCAGAUUUAAACCCACACUAAUCAUCAUUCAUAAUCUAGUACCUUUAACAUUGAUUACUCCUAGUUGAGUUUUGACAUGCAGUACCUAUUUUCAACUUUUAAACCAAAAGAAUUCUAUAAUAGACAUUUAUUAAAGCUAGAAGGAGUAGUUGAUAAGUAGAAAGCAGCUGCUCUCUUGAUAAGCUAACAAAACCAGUAGUAUGAGAUAGAAAAUAAAAAGAUCAAUGAGAAAUUAUUCUAGAUCUAGCAAGAGUUAGUCUAAUCUUAUCAAACUUGCGAAAAAUAUGGUAUGUAAGUAUAAGAACUACAGAGAGAGCUAGGUUAAAGUGUAUCCAAGGAUGAGUUUCAUCAGCUGAAAGAUAACUAUGAUUAGAUAGGCAAAGAUUUUUAUGACACAAGAGAUAACUUUAGAAGGGUCAAUGAGAAGAUGGAGAGACUUGUCAGAGAAAAGGAUGAAUUAGCUCAAGAAAGAAAAUAGCACAUGCAACAGAUCAUUGAGUAAGAGUAGAAUCUUUAAGAUAAGUUAAGGGAUCUUGAGUUGAAGGAUGUCAAGAUUCAAUCUAUGGAAUCUAUACUUCAGAAGAGAGAUAUGAGCAUUGACUUUAGCUCAAAUAACAUCAAUAAGUUCGAAGAUAAGAUAAGAGGACUUGAGAUGGACAAGGAGAAGCUAAUCAAAGAUAAUGUAACAUUGAUAAGAGAAAAUGAGUAUCUUAAAGAGUAGAUUAAUACUACUAUUCGUGAAGAAUAGGAGAAGUUUAGAUCAUAUAAUGAAGAGCGAUCGAACAAGUAAGAAGAAAUUUAGAGGUUACUGGAGACUAAUCUUUAGACAUUAGAAGAUAGAUGCUAACUACUGGAAUAGUAGAUUGAUUCACUUCGAAAAGAUAAACAAGAGUUGAUGGCAAGAAAUGCUAAAUUAAUGAUGUAUGAAUAAAAGGAGAACGACUCGCUUUAAAUAAAUAAAUUCUAGUUCUAGGAGGAUCAAUACAACCCAAAUAUUGUCUAUCAAAACACAAUGAGAUCACCAACAUUCCAGAACCUUCAUUAAGAGGGCUAUCAAAUCUAAUCACAGUAGUUCAACUUUGAUUAAAAUCAAAUGAUCAGUUCUCAAUAAUUCAGUUAAGGGGCUCUUGGAAGUUCGAAUUACAAUAAAUAUUAGACUUUGCAAAGCACUAAUAGUAUGCUGAAUUUAGGUGUGGGCGCUCCUGGUGGAUUAGCAAAUCAAACGAGUCAUUUCAAAUCACUAGGCAGUGAUAGCGGAAAUAUUAGCGCUAAUAUGAGUGGGCAGUACCAACUUGGAAACAGAGAAUCUCCAAGCAGUAAAAUACCUGGUAAAAUUACAAAGACUAAAAAUACUUGA